GGGGCUCGGGGCUGCCGCUGCUGCUGCCUCGUUAGGAGGAAGAUGAGAUAAAGCCCCUCAGAUGGAGGCCGGUCCCAGCAGCCUCAGGAGGCUGGAGUUUGGGAAGCUGGAGUUUGGGAGGCUGGAGUUUGGGAGGCUGAAGUUUGGGAGGCUGAAGUUUGGGGAGCUGAAGGUGGUGCGGCGGCGCCUGCUGCAGCGCUACGAGCACCAGCCCUUCGUCUCCUGCCUGGCCGGGCUCUACAGCUGCCGCUGGAAGCGCUACCAGCGCGAGAGGACCGAGCCUGGGAAGUGCUGCUGCAGCACGCGGGAAUGCAUGUUUUUCCCACUGCUCGUUGCAGCUUUCUGCCUUUCUCUGGUCUUUCUGUACACGUGGGGUGAAGGUAAAAAUGACUACAAUAGCUUUGACUGGUAUAACUAUGGGAACCUGGGCUUCUGGUUUCUCUGGUCUCUUCUUAUCCUGAUUGUGGCUGCAGCCUUGUUCACGUACAUCUCACUGUUACUGGUCCUUGCGAUGUGUUUGCUUGCAGAAGGUCAGCAGCUGUACCUGCACUGGAGUCACAAGAUUGGUACUUUUCUCGUCCUGGGCUUCUGUAUCUCAUCCCUCUUCGCAUUGUCUAUACUCUGGCGAGAUCACAGGAAAACUGUCCGCCUCUCAUUCCAGGUCACAGCUCCUUAUCUCCACUUAGGGGCAAUUGCCAUCAUGGUCCUUCUUGCCUGGCCUGUGGCUCUUCAUGCCAUCAGAGCAGAUAAGAAAGUUACUCAGGUGAUAAUUGUUGGUCCAUACCUGGCUAUCCUUCUCUUUCUUUUCUUGAUACCUCUGGGGAUGUACUCUCCUUGCAUCAGAGAGAUGGGAACUCUUGGACCAAAGCCAGCCCUCAUUGGACACCGUGGAGCACCAAUGCUGGCACCAGAAAACACUGAGAUGUCGUUUCUGAAGACAAUUGAGCAUGGAGGGGAUGGUCUUGAAACAGAUGUUGCCAUAAGCUAUGAUGGGGUUCCUUUCCUCAUGCAUGAUGACACCUUGACAAGGACGACUAACAUCCGAGAGGUCUACCCUAAUGAUGCUGGUAAAGCAGCUUCAUUUUUCUCCUGGGAUGCCCUGAAGAAACUGAAUGCUGGAAAGUGGUUCCUAAAGAACAAACCCUUUGUAGGGAUGGGCUCGCUGUCCAAGGCAGAUCAAAAGCAGGCAAUGAAUCAGUCCAUUUACACGCUAAGUAGUUUCUUGCGCCUCGCAGACAGCCACAAUAAACUUGUGAUAUUUGAUCUCUACCGCCCUCCAGAGAAACAUCCUUACAGGAACUUGUGGCUCCGCAAAGUCCUGGAUGUCAUCCUCAACGAGUCGAAGAUUAAACGCCAUCUGGUCCUGUGGCUGCAUCACAGUGUGAGGUCAUUUGUUCAAUCUGUUGCUCCUGGGUUUCAGCACAUCAUGGGCAGAAAGGCACCAAUAGAAGACCUGUUAAAGCACAAAAUUGUCAAGCUCAACCUGGUCUACACUGACAUGUCCAGUGAGGAUAUCCGGAAAUAUGCUGAGGCAAACAUCACCACCAACUUCUAUGUGGUCAACGAGCCAUGGCUCUAUUCCCUGGCAUGGUGCUCUGGGGCACACUCUGUGACCACCAAUGCCGUCCACUUGCUGAAGGAUCUCAGCCAGCCACUCUUCCUCAUGACUCCACGGCAGUAUAACACCAUGUGGAUCCUGACAGAUCUGACCUCUGCGUUCCUCAUCUCACUCAUCUUUGCUCUGCACUGGUUUCGAGAGAAGAAUUUGUCCUGCUGUGCGCAGAACAGUAACCCAGUCAUAGAGAAUGGCACCUACAACAAAUUCAAGGCAGAGCUCAGUGACAUGCCUGCUGUCCUGGCCUGACACGGGCACAGAGGGACAUGGACCUGCCAUCUCACUGGGGCUGGGGAGACCAGCUGGAGGGGGCUCAGACCUGCCUGGUGAGGAGGAGCCUUUUGCCUUCGUGGCCCUGCUGGAGAUGAGCAGCAACCUUCCUCUCUACAGCUUUUCUCACAUUGCCACGGCUGUCAGGGAUCCUUGGGCUGCAGGAGAGCACAGAUGGAGUUGCAGCCAUGAAGAAACUGUGCAUUAUGGUGAGAUGCAGCAACCGCUGGCAUCCACAGGGCAGUCAUUCCUGCUGUGUGUAAGCCCCGUUUCCACACAUGCUGCAAACAUCUGAGCAUCCUCCAGUCCUCCUCAUUCGCAGGUGCCCAGAUUUCUUCUGUGAGACCAGCCUCUUCUCCACACACUACCUCCUGUCCUCCCCCCUGCAGGUGUCCUCCAUCCCCAAGAGCACGCCACCAUGGUCAGGUGCUGCUGGUCACUACAAUCAGUACCUUUCUGUAACAGAGCAGGGGCACUUUGGUUUUCCUUUUCCCCACUCUUGCCCUGCCAUAGCCUAACAGGGCAAUCUCCUCCCCUUGUCUGUGGGUGAGGGCAUGUCAUUCCCAUGGGGGCUGAAGGACUUUUUAGUGUCUUGGCCAUGUAGCCACCGGGACUGUGACCAGUAACAACCACUUUUCUUCGGAAGGAUGGAGCCAUGUGGGAAUUGGUUCUGCCAAGUGUUUGCUUUUCCCUUGGCAAGGUCUGUACACCUGUACUACAGCCAGUUUCCAUUUAUUCCAGUUUCCAUUUCUCCCAGUGGCUGCUGGCACACAGGGGAGGGACCUGUUCCCUGUAAAGGAGAUGUAGACAUCUCUCAGGUUUAAGCCAUAUCUUUCUACUUGAAGAGAUAAUACGUUUUUUGUAAA